CCAAAACAUACUUUUCAUGGUAUCGAAGAAUAUUCUCUACAAAAGUGUUGUAGACGUGAGCGCCGGGUCUCUGGUGUGGACUCAACUCUCUUCGGAUCCAAUCCUCGCCAAUACUAUGGGAGGCUUUAUGUCUGAAAGUCAUCUCAUGUUUAAUAUCAUUGAUGCCACGGAUCAAGUGCUCAUCGGUUACGACCAAAAUGGCAAACAAUUAGAUAAGACUUCGGUUUUAAAGUACUUCGGAUGUCGUGACGACACUUCAAAUGUAGCCAAUAAUGGGGCGAAUCAUAGAUCCGAUGACUCGCUAGAUAUGGAUGUCUUGAGAUCUAAUGAAGAACUCGACAAAAACAAUAAUAAGACGGCUUUAAUCAUAAUUAUAGCAAUUAUUGUGACCGCAGUUAUUGUUAACAUAUUUUCGGCCAUCUUUUGGUUCACUGUCUUUAGGAAUAAGUGGUCUUCGGAUCAAACGAAACGUUUGGCUUUAAAGACACAAAACGCAAAACUCCACGAAAUGGUGAACAAAAGCACUGAUAAUACACUGAAAAUCACUACAAAGACAAUAUCGGCAACACUUUUAUCCCCAAUGAAUAUAAUGGUUAUUAAAGCGCAGAAUAUAAUGAGUGUAACGGAUAUGGAGUACGAGAUGGAGAUCUUG